AUGAUUCUGUUAAAUAUUUUCAGACAUCGAAACAAACAGCAUGCAAACGAUGCUGUGAUACUCAACUUCAAUAGAAUCUGCUUAUAUAUCUGGGAACUCUGUUUCAAAAUGGACCCAGAUGAUAUAGUUAGAUCCUUGAUCACCACAAUUGAGAGUUUUAUCCAAGAUUUGUUGCUUGAUCAAAGGAAAAGGGUGAUACAUAAGGAACAAUGUGGUGAAAGAAUAGCAGCCGAAGAUGAAAGCAGUAACAAGGACAUGGAGGUCAGGUACUCUGAUCAAGCCGUUUUGGCAAAUUUGGAUUGGGGUAUGGAUGCUCUUGAAGAAGCCAUUAAUACUUCUAAUUUGGAAACAAAAAUGGCAAGACUUGACUAUGCAGAAAAGAUGUUGCAAGUGUGUGCUAUGCUGGACAGUGAUGAUAAGACUGCUGGUGUCCCUAAUUUCUAUCUCUCAGCUUGGGCUCACCUUUGUCUUUCUUGCUUAUGGAAAUUAAGAAACAAUGUGGAUAAUUGUGUUCUACAUGCUCUUGAGAUGUUUUCUAUCGAUCCAUUUUUUUCAAGGAUUGAUUUUGCUCCAGAGCUUUGGAAAAUAUUGUUUCUCCCUCAUGUGAGUUCCAUUGCCGGUUGGUACUCAGAGGAAAGGCAUAGGAUUAUGAUGGAUUUGAUACCCCAUUCAACUGAUUUGUCUCUUACUGUUGAUUUUGAUCUAUACUUUGACGAGUCUUUGAUGUUCUCUGUGAGUCCAGAUCAAGCGGAAAAAUUGCAGAACUUGGAAACUCUCUAUGGACAAUCUUUGGAUGAUAACACGAGGUUGUAUGCUAAUUACUUUAAAGAUUGCCUAAAGUAUGGUUCUGCAAUGAGCAAAAAGGCUAUUCCAAUGUUGCCAAUUGUAGAGCCUCCUAUGACCCCUUUACAUGAGGUGAGCCGAAAAAUUCCUGAUUAUGUAAAAUUCGGUCCCAUUUUACCUAAAAGCGCGGGAUUCUCAACUAAACAGAAAGCAAGAGGAUCAUCCAGUUCUAAUGCGACUCACACCUCCUUCAAGAACCUUGAGGAUUCUGCUGCAUUGGUUAAUCAGGAGAGAAUCCCCGAGACUGAAGACUUUUACUAUGAGCCUCAGGAGUUGGUGGAGUCACCUCAGAGCACUAAAAUGAGCAGGGACUAUAAGUCGGGACCUAGUGGGCACACAGUUUAUGUGAAGAGUCCGGUUCAUUAUCCCCAAAUGCUUUUUGCUGGAGAUUUGGAUACAAGCUCUCCAAAAGUUGCAUCUCCAAAACAAGAAGUGAAUGGUAAGCAAGAGACAAGGUCCAUUUUGCGCCUACAGUCCACACGGGAUAUGAACUUUGAAGUUACCACUUCACCACAUCUGCAUCAUGUUUUAAGUUUUAGCUCAGCAGAAUCAGAUAAUGAUUCAAAGGAUCAGCCAAAAAGUGUAAGAAAAAAGUUCGCUCAUGAUGCUGCACUUUCUAUUUAUGCAAAUAGUGAAGCCUUUGAAAAAAGUUCUCCUAGAGAAAAUGAUAGCGGGAUCCCAAACCUUGAUUCUUCGCAACAGUUUGAUAAAUUAACACCUUCAAGGCCACCAAAAGACUUUGUCUGCCCCAUCACUAGCCAGAUUUUUUGUGAUCCAGUGACCUUAGAAACGGGUCAAACUUAUGAAAGAAAAGCUAUUGAAGAAUGGAUGAAGAGAGGGAACACGACGUGUCCCAUCACAAGGCAGCCACUUUCCGGAAACACCCUUCCAAAAACAAAUUAUGUAUUGAAAAGGCUUAUCACCUCCUGGAAAGAUCAGCAUCCUGAUCUUUCUCAAGAGUUAUCGUAUCCUGGAACACCAACAAGUUCCUAUGGAACACCAGGAAGAUCAAAUCUUGGUGGUCACAAGCCACUAAGAUUGAUGCAAGCUACGGUUGACACAUCACCGACAAGUGUGAUAUCUCAAGCUGCAGUUGAAGCCAUUGUGAGUGGCUUAAAACCCUUUAUUACAUGUAUUUGUACAUCAGAAGACUUAAAAGAAUGUGAAGCAGCUGUUUUGACAAUUGCAAAAAUGUGGAAGGAGUCAAAUGCUGAUCCUCGGGUCCAUGCUUGUUUAUCGACCUCUGCAGCUGUAGACGGAUUCAUGGAUGUAUUAUCGUCUUCUUCAAGUAGGGAAACUCUUGCAACAACAGUUUACGUUCUUUCUGAGUUACUCGUUACUGAUGAUAACUUUAAAGAGAUAUUGACAAGUGUAGAUCCUGAUUUUGAAUGCCUGGCUGCUUUGGUGAAAAAUGGUCUUUCCGAAGCUGCGGUUCUUAUAUACUUACUAAAACCAACGUUCGAGCAGAUAAAUUCACACAGCUUAGUACCGUAUUUCAUUCAAAUUAUAUCUAUUACAUUUCAAGAUAAGACGAAUCACGAGAUGGUAAUGAAUCCAACAGAUGCUGUCAUAGAAUUGGUAGAACAGGUGCUAAUCGAAGGAGACGAGAAUAGCAGGAUCUCUAAUGCUAUAAGGAUUAUAGCAGCAGAUUCAAUACCUAAUUUAGUCAUGUACUUAGACCGGGUGGAUGCAAGGUCGUCGGUUCUGUCUAUAUUACUCUGCUGUAUCAAUGUAGACAAAAGCUGCAGAAACUUGAUAGCCAGCAGUAUUGACUUGUCCCUCAUUCUUGAAUUAUUUCAUGUUGGAAACGAGAGUUUAAGGGGCAUGUGCAUUGAUCUUCUCUCUGAGUUGGUUCGGUUGAACAGGAGAACAUUAUGCAAUCAGAUUUUGAAAAUACUUAAGGAUGAAGGAGCAUUUAGCACAAUGCACACCCUUCUCAUUUAUCUACAAAACGCCCCAAUAGAGCAGCAACCUGCUGUUGCUUCAUUGCUUCUUCAGCUUGAUAUCCAGGUUGAGCCUCGGAAAAUGAGCAUUUACCGAGAGGAAGCAAUUGAGACACUAACUGACGCACUACUAAAGAAAGAUUUUCCAAAUGUACAACGUAUGGCUCUUGAUGCAUUAUCAUCUCUUGCAGGGCAUCUUAGCUCUUCAGUGGAUUCGUAUACUGAAGCCUGGUUACUUAAUUUGGCUGGGUUCAGUGAACCUUAUGAAGCCUUUGUGGAAAAUGAAGAACUGAAAAUGGAUAAUGAGGAGGAGAAAGCUGCACAUUCUUGGGAGAAAAGAGUAGCUUUUGUUAUUUGCAACCAUGAGAAAGGCAUUAUUUUUAAUGCUUUAAAGGAGUGUCUCAAGAGCAAAUCAAUUGAUAUGGCAAAGAAAUGCCUUGUUACAGCAACAUGGUUCAUAUACAUGCUCUACAACUUGCCUGACACAGGCAUAAGAGAUGCUGCUCGUAAGUCAUUGCUCCACCAAUAUAUACACAUAUUACAGUCGUCUAACAACCUUGAGGAGAAGAUUUUAGCAACCGUGGCUUUGAGAAGCUUCAUUAGUGAUCCAGGUUCACUUGGUGAAAUUGGUGGUUAUGCUAAAGUCUUGUACAAAUCCUUAAGAGAACUGAAGAGGAGCUCUGUGGUUGUCAACGAUAUACUAAAAACUUUGAUGAACUUGCCCUCUGUCAAUGCAGCAGAAAUGUGGUCAGCAUCAGAAGGUUUACAGUCAGAUACAUCAAUGAACGGGGAGGUUCUAUCUCUACUUUGUAAAAACGAGCGUGUGAUAAGCAGCCAUACUGAUGGAACCAUUAAGGUUUGGGAUACGGGUAAGAGGGUUCUGCAGUUGAUACAAGAGGUUCGUGAGCAUUCAAAGGCAGUCACAUCCCUCUAUAUUCCACCUUCAUGUGAUAAGCUUUAUUCUGGUUCCUUGGACAAAACUAUACGGGUAUGGGUAAUCAAAUUGGAAGGAAUUCAUUGUAUUCAGGUUCAUGAUGUUAAAGAAGCAGUCCACAGGUUGACAGUAGAUGCCAAUGCUGCCUAUUUUUUCUCUCAGAGCCCUGGAGUUAAGGUUUUUGGCUGGUCAGGAGUUACUAAGCACAUAAAUUUCAAACAAUCUGUAAAGUGCCUUGAUACGGUCGGAAAUAAACUGUACUGGGGAUGCAGUGGUUUUAGUAUACAGGAAGCCGAUGUACAUAAAAGCACAUCAACGACAUUUUAUAUGGGGGCACGGAAAUUGUUGGGAAAACAGACGAUAAAUUCUAUAUGUAUCCGUAACAAUCUUCUGUAUGCUGGUGGCACAUCAGUAGAUGGAAUAGCAGGAAAGGUGUUUUCGUUGUCAAGUAGGGCGUUAGUUGGAUCGUUGUCGAGUGCAUAUGAUAUUCAGUACUUGGCAGUGAAUAAUGACUUUAUAUUUGGAGCCACCAGAAAUGGGACAAUUGAGGUGUGGUUGAAAGAAAGGUUAACAAAAGUUGUUUCCAUGAAGAUGGGUAGUAGUUCAGGGUUCACCAAAUUCACAUCUUUAGCAUCAGAUUAUGAAGGUGAAAUGCUAUUUGCUGGCACUUCUGAUGGCAAAAUCCAGGCUUGGGAACUGGGUUGAAGUGAAAACUAUCAUUUGCUACAGAGGCAAUGCAGACUUGCAGUUCAACUUCAUGAUCCAAUUGUAGUACUUCAUAGUUCAUACUUUUUGACAUGGUAUCUUAUAUAUAUCUUGUAACUUUUAUCCAGAA